ACUUCUGGACAGUAGGUGGCGGAGUAGUUAGUUUUGAGUUGGAUGCAAUCCGCCAACAAUAUUCGAAGAAGAUCUUCCAUUCCUUGUUGAGGCUUGCUCUGCUAUCAGCUAGCGUUUUGGGAACAGCUCUGUCAUCUUCUUAAACCUGGUAGUGAUGAUGGCAACAUUUUUCGGAGAAGUGCUGUCUGUUUAUUCUCGUGCUGUGGAUGACGAUGAAGAGGACCAAGAUAAUACAAAUGAAGAAGAUGAGCAAAUUCGUAAAGAAAUUGAAGAAAAGAGGGAGGUACACAUUGAGUGGGGUCCAGAAGUCACAAAAGCGAUAGAAUAUACUGGAAGCCAAACAUUACAGUGCUCAGACUUCAUCCUAGCAGUGGGUCAUAACGCUGCAGGUCUUCUGUCAGCAUAUGUUUUAAACUCAGCCAGCUGGGAUGCAGUAGGUCAUGUGUCCCUGUGGAAUGAGAGAAGUAGGGGCUCCUGCAGACACUCCAGUGCCCCUCUGCCAGGGGAACCAGCUUGUGUGUUCUACAGACACAGGGACAACUCAUCAGUUCUGAUAUGCCAAAGCGCUUGCUACAUUGCAGAGGACCAGUUGUUUCAGUGGACAGAAAAGGUAUUCAGCUGCCUGCAGCCGAGGGGCCUUAGCGUGAUGGUGUUGUCAGACAGCCCUGUGGCCGAGUACAAAACACCAGACUAUCUGGAUGCCAGCCCAGUCCCCUUCCUUCGUUCUCUCAAGACCAGCACUUACAAAAGCCAAACCCUCUGCCCUGCACUGGAGCAGCCCAACAUAGUCACUGGGCUCCCUGCGGCAGUGCUCAACCACUGCCAGGUCCACCAGAUCCCUACUGUCAUGUACCAGUGCUACAGCGAUGUAAUCGCCCCAGACUCGGUCACAAUGGGAACAUACAAAUCUGCACUGUCAAGUCUCAGCAAAUUGGUCAAGUUGAACUCUUGUCCGAGUACAGAUGUCCUUCGCAAGCUCGCCAAAGCCAGUGAGACUCAGAGUAACCUGUACACGUGAACAUGAGGAAUUAUUUCACAGUUUUUACAUUUACUGUCAUAUCAUCUAACAGAUGUAGAGAUUACAGAAAAGAUUAAUUAAAAAAACACCAUAUCAAUA